GCACUCAAAACAGUCAAAGAUCUCCUUGACCGUUUCGACGAUGCGAACAUCCCUGAAUCCACUACAGCCUUGAAGACCAUCAUCGAGAGCAGCACCCGGCAGGUUUCCAAAGCAAAGCUCUUGUUGAUGGAGCUGUUGUUAGCUGCGUCCAUGAAGAAGUUCAAUGAGAAGAAGACCUCUGAGCACGUGGCAGAGCUGAAGGCUUUGAUUGGCGCACAUUCAAUUUUCAUGUCAGGCAAUGAUCUCGGCCUGACCUCAGCAGACUUGUAUCCGUUGCUGUGGCAAAGCGUGCAGCAGUGGGUCAAGGAGCAUGCCACGGCUUGA